AUGACUCCAUUGGGUGUUUCUUCAACCGUUAAUUGCGGUCACAGCAAUACUCCUAGAGAGGUCACUCCUACUAACUGCGAUCACAACAAUACUACUCAAGAAAUCACUCCUAACUGCACUAUAGUUUCAACUGAGAGAGUUACGGUUAGUCCUUUAAAACAGAUGACGUGCUACACCAUUGAGAGGAAUCAUUGCAUUUCCUCUUGUUCACCAGUUAAGGCGUUCUUGAAGAGGCUUGGUAAGAGAGAUAAUGUAAAAAGCAGGCUGGACUUUGAUGGUUCUGAUGCAUCAGUGCAUGUGGACAAACCAAUAGUUAAUGAGAUUUCAACAUCUGAGCCUGAAAUGGAUGCUGAUCUUUUUGACCUGGAUUUGCCAAAUAUAGAUGCUUUAGGAGAAAAUUUCUCAUUGUCUGAACUGUUAGUGGAUCUUGAUCUUGGAUCUGAAGGAUUUGGCUACCCUUGCCAACCAACGUUGGGUACUUCUGGAGCUGUUCUUUCAGGGUCAUCUAAUGACUUGGGGGAUGACAAUCUGGGGGCUAAUCAAGUCAUGUCAAAGUUCUCAUCUACUGUAACAGAAGUAUUUUCGGAGAAUAACAUGAAUUCACAAGGUGGUAAAGCUCACCACUGCAUGAUUUUAUUGCUCCCAAACUGAUAUUUGUAUGCUUACUCUGCAUGUGCUAUGGUUGCAGGACCCAACACCCUGACAUCAGUGAAGUCUAUAACAAAAUGCAUCAAAAUAUUGAGCCCUGGUAAAAUAUUACAUUCUUCUACUGUCUUCAUUUUGAGAGUUA